GCCGGUGGUGCCGCUGCCGCUGGCGACCUUUUUGGCCCUUACCUCACGUCCCAGGGUCCUGCGGGCCCUCGAGUUGUGGGGCGCCCGCGCUGCUGUGUCCAGACAGCGUUCCCUGAGAGCUCCGGGAAGCGGGAAGACAGCCCCGGGCGUCCCGCCUUUCUUCUCCAGAAAACGCACGCCCCACAUCGCGCUCCCCCGUUCCUCCGGCUCCAGCGUCCUCUGGUCCUUCUUUCUGUCUGUGCCUCCGUCUUUGUCUCAGCCUCUCAGGCUUGCUCGCUCCCUGCCCAGAUUUUGUGGCCCAGGCUCCUGGCUGUCUGACUCUGGGUUUCUGUCCCCUUCCUGCCUCUGAGCUUCCGUCUGGGCCUCCCCUCUGGGAGACUUGCGACUUGACCAGUUUUGGCUUCAGCCCCCAUCUGGGUCCCUGUCUCCAUCUGUGCUGGUCUUCCUCCCUGCUUCUCCGUCGCUUGCCUGGGUAAGCUGCUGCUUUCCUGAUCCCCAGAGGAGCCCAGUGCCCCUGCCCUGGGGAGCUGAGGGGGCAAAAUGAAGAGGCUCAGCCUCCGUGGCCAGCACAUGGGGUCCUUGAGUUAGUUGCUGCCCUUCUUCAAACUCAGUUUUCUUUCCUGUUCUGAGGAAAGAGGAGCUGGGUCCCUUCGCAUCUCUUUUCUUGUCUGUCCUUUCCUGGUCCCUGUUUCCUCCUCUCUUUGCCUUCGCUGCUUCUAAUCUCAUCCCCUGGAGACCCAGGUCUGCUGGACCCAUCCAUCCCCUUUGGGGCCAUGGGAUCGCUGCUUGGGCUCCUGGCACUGCUGCUGCUGUGGGGUGCUGUGGCUGAGGGCCCAGCCAAGAAGGUGCUGACCCUGGAGGGAGACUUGGUGCUGGGUGGGCUGUUCCCAGUGCACCAGAAGGGCGGCCCAGCAGAGGACUGUGGUCCUGUCAAUGAGCACCGUGGCAUCCAGCGCCUGGAGGCCAUGCUUUUUGCACUGGACCGCAUCAACCGUGACCCACACCUGCUGCCUGGCGUGCGCCUGGGUGCACACAUCCUCGACAGUUGCUCCAAGGACACACAUGCGCUGGAGCAGGCACUGGACUUUGUGCGUGCCUCACUCAGCCGUGGUGCUGAUGGCUCACGCCACAUCUGCCCCGACGGCUCUUAUGCGACCCAUGGUGAUGCUCCCACUGCCAUCACUGGUGUUAUUGGCGGUUCCUACAGUGAUGUCUCCAUCCAGGUGGCCAACCUCUUGCGGCUAUUUCAGAUCCCACAGAUUAGCUACGCCUCUACCAGUGCCAAGCUGAGUGACAAGUCCCGCUAUGACUACUUUGCCCGCACAGUGCCUCCUGACUUCUUCCAAGCCAAGGCCAUGGCUGAGAUUCUCCGCUUCUUCAACUGGACCUAUGUGUCCACUGUGGCGUCUGAGGGCGACUAUGGCGAGACAGGCAUUGAGGCCUUUGAGCUAGAGGCUCGUGCCCGCAACAUCUGUGUGGCCACCUCGGAGAAAGUGGGCCGUGCCAUGAGCCGCGUGGCCUUUGAGGGUGUGGUGCGAGCCCUGCUGCAGAAGCCCAGUGCCCGCGUGGCUGUCCUGUUCACCCGUUCUGAGGAUGCCCGGGAGCUGCUUGCUGCCAGCCAGCGCCUCAAUGCCAGCUUCACCUGGGUGGCCAGUGAUGGCUGGGGGGCCCUGGAGAGUGUGGUGGCAGGCAGUGAGGGGGCUGCUGAGGGUGCUAUCACCAUCGAGCUGGCCUCCUAUCCCAUCAGUGACUUUGCCUCCUACUUCCAGAGCCUGGACCCUUGGAACAACAGCCGGAACCCCUGGUUCCGUGAAUUCUGGGAGCAGAGGUUCCGCUGCAGCUUCCGGCAGCGAGACUGCGCAGCCCACUCUCUCCGGGCCGUGCCCUUUGAGCAGGAGUCCAAGAUCAUGUUUGUGGUCAAUGCAGUGUACGCCAUGGCCCAUGCGCUCCACAACAUGCACCGUGCCCUCUGCCCCAACACCACCCGGCUCUGUGACGCGAUGCGGCCAGUUAACGGGCGCCGCCUCUACAAGGACUUUGUGCUCAACGUCAAGUUUGAUGCCCCCUUUCGCCCAGCUGACACCCACAAUGAGGUCCGCUUUGACCGCUUUGGUGAUGGUAUUGGCCGCUACAACAUCUUCACCUAUCUGCGUGCAGGCAGUGGGCGCUAUCGCUACCAGAAGGUGGGCUACUGGGCAGAAGGCUUGACUCUGGACACCAGCCUCAUCCCAUGGGCCUCACCCUCAGCCGGCCCCCUGCCCGCCUCUCGCUGCAGUGAGCCCUGCCUCCAGAAUGAGGUGAAGAGUGUGCAGCCGGGCGAGGUCUGCUGCUGGCUCUGCAUUCCAUGCCAGCCCUAUGAGUACCGAUUGGACGAAUUCACUUGCGCUGAUUGUGGCCUGGGCUACUGGCCCAAUGCCAGCCUGACUGGCUGCUUCGAACUGCCCCAGGAGUACAUCCGCUGGGGCGAUGCCUGGGCUGUGGGACCUGUCACCAUCGCCUGCCUCGGUGCCCUGGCCACCCUCUUUGUGCUGGGUGUCUUUGUGCGGCACAAUGCCACACCAGUGGUCAAGGCCUCGGGUCGGGAGCUCUGCUACAUCCUGCUGGGUGGUGUCUUCCUCUGCUACUGCAUGACCUUCAUCUUCAUUGCCAAGCCAUCCACGGCAGUGUGUACCUUACGGCGUCUUGGUUUGGGCACUGCCUUCUCUGUCUGCUACUCAGCCCUGCUCACCAAGACCAACCGCAUUGCACGCAUCUUCGGUGGGGCCCGGGAGGGUGCCCAGCGGCCACGCUUCAUCAGUCCUGCCUCACAGGUGGCCAUCUGCCUGGCACUUAUCUCGGGCCAGCUGCUCAUCGUGGUCGCCUGGCUGGUGGUGGAGGCACCGGGCACAGGCAAGGAGACAGCCCCCGAACGGCGGGAGGUGGUGACACUGCGCUGCAACCACCGCGAUGCAAGUAUGUUGGGCUCGCUGGCCUACAAUGUGCUCCUCAUCGCGCUCUGCACGCUUUAUGCCUUCAAAACUCGCAAGUGCCCCGAAAACUUCAAUGAGGCCAAGUUCAUUGGCUUCACCAUGUACACCACCUGCAUCAUCUGGCUGGCAUUCCUGCCCAUCUUCUAUGUCACCUCCAGUGACUACCGGGUACAGACCACCACCAUGUGCGUGUCAGUCAGCCUCAGCGGCUCCGUGGUGCUUGGCUGCCUCUUUGCGCCCAAACUGCACAUCAUCCUCUUCCAGCCGCAGAAGAACGUGGUUAGCCACCGGGCACCCACCAGCCGCUUUGGCAGUGCUGCUGCCAGGGCCAGCUCCAGCCUUGGCCAAGGGUCUGGCUCCCAGUUUGUCCCCACUGUUUGCAAUGGCCGUGAGGUGGUGGACUCGACAACAUCAUCGCUUUGAAGACCCCAUACUCCCGCCCUGACACAGCUGCUCCUGGGAACCUAGUGCAGACCCACGUCCAGGGCCAGGAGGAAGUUGGCUGGAGCACUGCAAUAAUUUAUUACCCACCCUAUGUCUGCCCCCAAAGUCACUUACCCACCUCCUUACCCCAACUCUUCAGACUCAGAAGUCAGGAGCCUUGGCCAGGAGCCUCUGCAGUGGCCACUAACUGCCCUUGUAGCUGUGUUUCCUCCUGGCCAGGCCCAGGGCUCAGAGAGGAGCAAGCCAGGGUUCACUCUGCCCUGGACCGGGGUGGCUGAGGACGGCAGGCCCCAGUCCUAACCAGCAAAGGUGCUUCCAGCCCAGCCCCUCCCCCCAACUAGGGCCUUUUUUAUUUUUUAUAUAAGUUACUCUGGGAUGGGGAGGGUGGUUAUUGUGGGGGCUGCCCCUCCCCCUGCACAGUAGUUUGUCCUGUGGUUUAUUUUGUAUUACCUGUAAAUAAAGUGGCUUUAUUUUAAAAAA